AACACAGCGUCGACACCGGACUUGGCCUCUGCCUAUUCGCAGUCGAAGCUGCUGCGCAAGACGUCGCUCGCGGCCCUGACUCCGAGCUCUCUGGCCAGCAUCCCCGAUGUCAGCGAGAGCUACGCCAUCGACUCAGUUCUGAACGAAGCGCCCGUAAAUACCAUUCACGAGGAUCCCGAGACGCCGUCCACCAUGGAGCUGUCCGUCGGCGACUCUGUAAAUGUGCCCGGGGGCAUGGUCGGUACUGUUCGCUUUGUCGGCACCGUCCAAGGCAAGAAGGGCACAUUUGUUGGCGUCGAGCUGGAUUCAGAAUUCGCCGCAAGGGGGAAGAAUAACGGCGACGUUGAUGGCGUCUCCUACUUCACCACCAACGCCGCUGGUGCUGGCAUCUUCGUUCCGGUUGCCAAGGCCCUCCGAAGGUCUUCCGGUUCAUCUCCCAUGACACCCACGCCCGGUUCAAGUGGCCUGAAGCUGAGCAUGAGCAAUUCAGUCAGCUUGACGCCUCCGACAUCAGGCCUUUCUAAACUAGGCGCCUCGGUAGGGCCCGGCUCUCGAGUUCAGAGCCCGCAAGGCAAGAAGCCACGGCCUUCCCUCCAGCCUGACUCACCGCAACGGAAAAUGGCCAUGUCGCCGGGUCCACGCCCGUCAAUUUCAGCACCAGCAGUCAGGGCUCCUUCAAGACUCGGCAGUCCAACAGGGAAAUUUUCGCAGAGUGUGCGCGGGACUGCCGGGCACUUGGCUGAUCCCAACAAGAAAGGCCCAGCCAUGGAGCGGCGGCCCAGCUUUGGGCCUCGCAGCACUUCCUCUCUAGGCCCCGAGCCGCUUUUUGACGAAGAGCCGGCACCAAUAGCAAUGCCUACACCGCCAGCGAAGAUCAACACCAGCCUUGGGUCGCUUUCAUUGCGACCACCGUCCAGGGCGACCUCUAUCAACGAUGAGGAGAUUGAGCGGCUACGCACACAGCUAGAAGACCGAGACCGACAGCUUAAGGAGCAAGCCGCAACAUUGGCUGAAAUGGAGAGCAGUCUCACUGAACUUCAAACUCUGAUAGAGAACCCAGAUGGAUUGGGCAUGAGACGGAGCAGCAUAGACGAUAAAGAUGCAUCCCAGCUUCGACAUAUGCUACGAGAAAAGAAUGACAAGAUUGCCAUGCUCACCAUAGAAUUCGAUGCCCAUCGAGCGGAUUUCCGGAGUACUAUUGACACACUCGAAAUGGCCAGCACAGAGACUGAACGGGUGUAUGAGAAGCGCAUAGAGGAACUUAUAGCUGACAUUCGCGAGCUCGAGUCAAGAAACAUGGAUGUCGACUCCGUAGCGACGCAACUAAAGCAACUAGAAGAGCUGGUUCAGGAGCUUGAAGAGGGCCUUGAAGAUGCCCGUCGUGGUGAGGCUGAGGCUCGUGGAGAGGCCGAGUUCUUACGAGGAGAGGUUGAGAGGACCCGGUCGGAGCUUCGACGGGAAAAGGAAAGAGUUAUUCCUCACAAUGCAGCUGCCUUGAGCGGCGACAGUGCUGCACUGGCUAAGAGCUUGGAGCAGAAGGAAGAUGAGAUUCGAGGACUCAAGGCGAUUAUUCAUUCUCUCAGCCGCGACUCAAUCCCUGGCGCCGAGGGUCAUGCUCCUAGGCCACGCCCCGGCUCAUUAAUUGGCGAAAAGGAUGCCAUCGAGAAUAAGAUUGCUCGAGAUAACUUGGAGAGGCAGGUCGCUGAGCUUCAGCAGGUAUUGAAGGAGAAGAAUCAUCGGGAGGAGGAACUGCAGCAUGAAAUUGAAUUUUUGCGGUCAAACAACGUCAACACAAGCCGUGAGUCGGCUCCUAUACGGCGAUCAUCUGUCAGGGACUCUAGGGACACCGUCAUGUCCACCCGAUCCCAUGAACCCCGAGCUCACGAACCACGAUCGCCAGAGCUGUCGCACAAGCGGAUAAGCACCCUCGAUACGAUGCACGAGAGUGACACCUAUUCGACUGCCACCGAGAGUAGCACUCUUUGGUGCGAGAUUUGUGAGACUGGCGGCCAUGACAUCCUGACAUGCACAAACAUGUUUGGCAAUGAUAGCGCCAAGAACUCCAAACCUAAUGCCAACCCCAUUAAAGAGGAAGAUGAAGAUGAUGAAGAAGCAGAAGAGAAGGCGCGGAGAGAGAAUGCCCAGGAGGACCUCAAGCCUCUUACACCCACCGGCGACGAGAUUCAACACCCAGCUGUUUUAACACCCGGCAUUCCCAAGGAGGAGCCCACGUCAGUUCCCGCAGUCAGGAUCACCCCCAACCCUCUGGAGUCAGGACCCGUGGCUGGUAAAGAGAGUGGUGUCUUGGAUCUCGAGAAGUGGUGCGCGAUAUGCGAGCGAGAUGGCCAUGACAGCGUGGAUUGCCCCUUUGAAGAUGCUUUCUAA